AUGGACGACGAUAUUUGCCGACGUGGCCGCGCCUACCAAUGGGUCGCCAACUCGGCCAUGUGCUUCGCGAUUGUCUCGGUGAUUUGUGUGUGCAUUGCGCUGCCGGCGAUUUACAUCUACACGCUUCACGUCGGCCGACUAAUUGCCACCGAGGUGGUCGUUUGCGAGGAGAACGCCAAAGAGAUUUGGAAGGAGAUGGAGGCGAUUCGAUUGAUGGCGAAUGUCAAUGAGACGACGUUGAGAGUGCCGAGGCAGACGCGCGCCGGCGGGCGACGUGGCUGGCGGCGGCGGCGGGUGCGGCCGGGAGCGCCGGGCGCGCCCGGCGUCCCGGGACGCAGUACGAUAAGCGCGCCGUGCGAGGCGCUGACGCCGCCGCCGUGCCGCGUGUGCCCGAUGGGAGCGCCCGGCGAGCAGGGACCGCCGGGAGCGCCGGGCGAACAGGGACCGCCGGGACAGCCGGGACGCAACGGACCCGACGGCAGCAACGGCGAGCCGGGACCGAAAGGGCCGCCGGGCGCGCAUGGCAACGAGGGCCAACCGGGUGUGCCGGGCGAGCCCGGCAAACCGGCGCCCGACGAGGGCGCGCCGACGCCCGGCAAUCCGGGACCGCCGGGCGACGCCGGACCGCCGGGACCGCCGGGGCCGCCGGGACUUCCCGGACCCGACGGGCUUCCCGGCAAUCCGGGGCCGAAAGGCCCGAAUGGGCCCGACGGACCGCCGGGAGAGGAGGGUGUCGCCGGACCGAAAGGCGCGCCGGGCGACGAGGGCGACGCCAGCGAGAAGGGCAUCUGUCCGAAGUAUUGCGCGCUGGAUGGCGGCGUCUUUUUCGAGGACGGAACGCGACGCUAA